AUGGGCGAGAAUAUUCCAGUUCACAAGAAGUUCAACACUGAGCUUACAGAUUACUCCGUCGAGCAUCAUGACCAUCAAGGUGUCUAUGCCGACAAUCUCGAAGUAGACGCUCUUAUUGUCGGUGCUGGCUUCGCUGGUAUCUUCAUGCUCAAGACUCUCCGCGACAAAGGUUACAAGACUGUUGUUUACGAAGCCGGUAACGACACUGGUGGCACUUGGCGAUGGAACUGCUACCCCGGCGCUGGUGUUGACUCUGAAGUGCCCGAAUAUGAAUUCCCGUGGCCAGAGGUCUACAACACUUGGACCUGGCCAUGCAAUUAUCCUACGUAUGCUGACCUUCGUGCAUACUUUGACCAUGUUGAUAAGGUCCUUGAUAUCAAGAAGGAUAUUGCUUUCAAUACUGUUUUCGUUAAAGGCAAUUUCGACACUGAGAGUGGACGAUGGCACAUUCGCACCGCUGAUGGUCGUGUUGCCAAGGCCAAGUAUCUCGUCUUGGGUACUGGAUUUGCUGCUCGUCGAUAUAUUCCCGACUGGCCAGGUAUGGACAAGUUCAAAGGCGUGAUCCACCACUCUUCUUUCUGGCCCGAUGAAAAAGUUGACGUGACCAACAAGCGCUGCGCCAUUAUCGGCACCGGCGCAUCAGGAGUCCAGAUCACACAAGCCUGGGGUCCUGAGGCUGGACACCUGAAAGUCUUUCAGCGCACCCCCAACCUCGCCGUCCCUAUGCGGCGCAAGUAUCCCUCGGCAGAGGAACAAAACGCCGCCAAGAAGUUCUACCCCGAGCUCUUCCGCUACCGCGAAGAAUGCUUUGCUGGCUUCCACUACGACUGGUAUGAGAAGAACACCUUUGACGACACCCCCGAGGAGCGUGAGAAGUUGUACGAGCAGGUCUGGGCAGAUGGUGGCUUCAGAUAUUGGGUUGCAUUGUACAAGGACAACCUGUUCAACGCCGAGGCGAACAAGGAAUCAUACAGGUUCUGGGCUAAGAAGACACGCAACAGGAUCGGCGACCCCAGGAAGAGAGAUCUUCUUGCGCCGCUAGACAUGCCGCAUUACUUUGGCGUCAAGAGACCCUGUCUUGAGUAUGAUUACUACGAGCAGUUUAACAGAGAGAAUGUGGAUCUUGUUGAUAUCAGAAACAACGCGAUCAAGGAGUUUACUGAGACGGGUAUUACUUUGGAAGACGGGACGCAUCAUGAGUUUGAUGUUAUUGCUGUGGCGACUGGAUUUGAUGUUGUCACUGGUGUGAUGACACAACUUGGCCUUGAAAGCAUUUACGACACCAAGCUUGAGGAGGAAUGGAAGACUGGCGCCACAACCUACCUCGGUGUUUCUACCCCUGGCUAUCCCAAUAUGUUCCAUAUCUACGGUCCCCACGGCCCGACCCUUCUCAGCAAUGGCCCUACAUCUGUCUCCGUGCAAGGCCGUUGGAUUGUAGACGCCAUUGACAAGAUGGCACUUAAUAACAUUAAGUACAUCAAUCCCACGGAGAAGGCCGGUAAAGAAUGGAAGCAGCAUAUUCUCGACCUGAAUAACAAAUCUCUCUUCCCAACUACACGCUCUACGUAUAUGGGUGGAUCAAUUCCAGGCAAGAUUUAUGAGCCUGUUUGUUACUCUGGUGGUAUUCCGAAGUAUAAGAAAGAGAUUCGCAGUGCUCUCGAUACUAUGGAAGGCUUUGAGGUUGUUAAGAACAAACCCAAAUCCUAG